AUGCCUUGGUCUAUUGCACUUCCACAGGCGAUCUUCGCCUCCCCCUGCAAGCAAAACCGCGCAACCUACAGCAAACUCAAACAACCGCCCUACAGUCCCCCCGGCUGGCUCUUCGCGCCGGCCUGGACACUCCUGUACGGGUUGAUGGGGUACGCCUCGCACCACGCCACGACCAUCGCGUCGCAAUCGCUCUCUCUCGCAGUGCGCGAUGCCCACUCGACCGCACAGACACUCUACACCACCCAGCUGGCCCUGAACUUCAUCUGGAUGCCCCUCUUCUUCCGAUUGGGGCGACCGGCUGUGGCUCUGGGCGAUCUGGCCCUGCUGGCGGGUAACGUGGGUGCGCUGAUGGUCAAUUGGUGGUCGGCCGAUCGCACGGCGUUCUGGUGCUUGGUCCCCUACGCUGCCUGGCUGGGAUAUGCGGCAUAUCUCAAUGCUGGCUGUGGCAUGCUGAAUGGCUGGACUUUGCCCGAGAAAGAGCGGUCGGAGUAG